CCCAAGUCGAGAGAUUCUCUCUUCUAUUAUCUUCGCAGGCUUCAAAGGGCGCCCUCAUACCCUAGAUCGAAUUUGUCUGCGUUGAUAGGAUAUCGUCCCCUAUCGCCUCGAAGCUAGAAAAUGGCCCCUGGGCACUCUCCAGCCGAAUGGGCACAACAACGCGACUUGAUGGCAAAGCUAUACGUGGCCGAUGGCUUGUUGUAUGACGAAAUCGCGCAUCGCCUAUGCAAUGUCGGCUUCAUAACAUCGCAAAACUUCAAGAAUGGAAAAUUAGGAGAUGCUGGCCUCAAGAGGAGCUUCGUAUCAUGGCACGCUGUUUCCUUCAUCAUCAGGCACAAGGGCACUGCGUAACCUUCAAGCGAUUUGGAGAAGCAUAUUCUACCGCUGAGAUUGAGAGCUAUCUCAAGCAAAAUCCUUUGGUUGACGGGAGUGAUGAAGAGUUGCCCGGUCACCUCGAAGCCGUACCAACUACUGCGGCCGAGGAACAACAACUGGAGUCGGAUGACCUUGGCCCAGACCAGUUGACCUUGGCAGCGAGCUCUCAGGUCAGCACCAGCGCAUCUUCCAGGAAUAUUCCAGCAGAAGAAAGGCCGACGAAGAAACGAAAAGCUGUUUCAUGGUCGUCACUGCCACACAGAGACGCCAGUAGUUCCAGGCAGCCCCGCCAGAGUGAGAGAAACGAUCAUGCAGCCGAAGCAGAGGUCACAGAUGACCAAGACGAUGGCGACAAAUCCGCAGGCGACAAGAAAAAGGAAAUGGAAAAGGCGUUCGCCACUCUCCGAGCCGUUUCCCAAGGACUGCCCUCCGGAGACAAGAAAUAUGCGGACGCAGUGACACAGGUCGAGCAGCUUCUUAAGAAAGCUAUGGAGGAAGAGCAGCCGGAGCAAGAAGAAACGGAUCUCGGCCCCCUUCAUUGGGCUGCUCUCUCAGAUGAUGAAACAACAGCAAAAGCUCUUAUUGAUAAGGGCGCUGACAUAAAUGCCCGAGGUGGCAUAGGCUGGACGGCACUUCAUAUCGCUGCAUUCAAAAGUCUGGAAGUUCUACGCUUACUUCUGUUCCAGGGCAAUAUAGACAUAGAUGCUGUGGACAACCGCGGGGCAACUGCAUUGAUACGUGCGGUCGUCGAGCCUUCACUUGAGUGCGCUGUCUUGUUGCUUCAAAAAGGAGCAAAUCCAGAUGUUGGCAGCUUUCGCGGCAAAAGCGUUCUACAUUAUGCUUGUCUCCGGAGUGGUAUGGAUGAGCUUGUCAAGGCGAUAGCUGGAAAGACCAGCCAAAUUGACCGUCAAGACCACAAUGGCGCUACUGCUCUCCACAUUGCGGUCGCCGAAAACAAAGAAGACUACGUCAUCACGCUCAUGGAAGCUGGUGCAAGUCUGGACAUACAGGAUAGGGAUGGGAGAACUCCUGUGCAUCAGGCGGCUUUUGACGGCUCACCCGAAAUGCUAUUGCGGAUGGUCGAUAGUAACUCUGAUCUCACGCUGAAAGGCAACGAUGAUGAGACCGUCCUGCACAUCCUGUGUCAGCGACCGGAUCUUUGUGAGGUUGCAGAGGCCGUCGUCAAAAAGCCAGGGGUGGACAUCAACGCCAAAUCGCGUUCUGGGACCACCCCCCUCGGAGGGGCGGCCUACCACAACUGCUUCGAUACCGUGCGCAUGCUUGUCAGCCAUGGUGCAGACGUGGAAGCUGCCGACGUAGAGGCAGACACUGCGCUCAACGUGGCCAUCUCUAAGGGCAACAAGGAGAUUGCGAAUUUCUUGAUUGAAAAUGGGAGUCCGCUGAACCCCAAAAAUCAAUCAGUGAAGAAAUGGAGAGCUAUGCUUGAGCGCAACCGAAGAGUACAGUUGGCGUUGUUGCCCCCAAGAGCGACCAAACAACCUUCGACAACGAAACCACGAGCACAAUCUUCACCCGCCGUCGUCAGAAACCAGUCGUCCAAGAUCGGCAUAUCCCCUUCAGAAAUGCAGACUUUGCAGACCCUUGUGACCAAGCUUAUGAAGCAAAGUGGAGGUCCGCAAAGCAAUCACCCUACCAGCCCCAAAUUCGGAGCAACACCGAGUCAUUCUGCUCCAGCUCCGUUGUUUGUCGUUGGGAGUGAUCCGAAUACUUUCGGUCUCAAUGCACAAGGCUCUUCUGGGCAAGGCUUUAUGCUUGAUGAAUUCAUGUUUGGCGGCGGGGCGAACUACAGUAAUAUGGAGUGGGAUCUUCCUGCACAGGACACGGGCUACUUUGGACGCAAUCUUGGACUAUAGGGCUAGUCACAUCUUGUGAUAUCGACCUUCACAAGUGCCACACUACGAAAACCUGACUGAAAUGGCUUUCAAAGUCUUUAGCAGAAAGGACGAUGCGUGAGAGAAGUUCAAGAACCAAGUUCUGAGGAUCUCUCCCACUGAGCAGCUAGUUCAGGACCAUGCCUCAACCAGAAUCGAAACCUAGGCCAAGCUUAUAUGCGAGGCGUUAUGAAUGGAGAAGUUGCAAGGAUUCUCAAUCGCAAGGAUUGGAGAGAUUCGGAGAUGGUGUGAGAGAGCAACUCUCGGACUUAAAUCAUAGCACCAUUGUUACAACCAGACUCGCAGGCGACCUACGACAGGAGGAAGGAGGAAGGAGAAAGGAGAAGGAGGCCAGGGAAAUGCUGUAGCCUCCGACAGCUUGGAAACGGGGCAACCCAUCUAGCCUGGCAAAGCUGAUUCCUCUAGAGUCUCUCCGCCACCAAACUCAAGUACACGUUCCAGCACAGCGCCACCGUCGCGAAGAACGGGAUCCGGCGCUCAAAGGAAAUCACACUAUGCGCGAUGAUGUUGGCAAAGGGCCAUAUCUUGUACCCGUUCACGAUAAUGGUGACGGUCUGAGUGCGCAGGUUGUGCGGGAUCCUGGCGGGCUGGCCGUUCAGAAAGCCCAUGAUGACCAGGAAAGCGACCGUGUUGAAGAUGGCGCCAAGCGUGACGCAGUCGAUGAACCACUUGGUCCAGAUGUUCC